AUGGCAGCACAUCCCUUGACCGAGUGGAACACCGGCCUCUUUGAAUGUUGUGAGGACACAAGUUCUUGCUGCUAUGGCUUCUGGUGCUGCCCUUGCCUCGCCUGCACGGUUUCAGGAACAUUUGGAGAAAACAGUUGUCUCCCUUUAUGUGACAUAUUCAGCCCUGCUAUAACAGCAGCCUGUGGACUGCCUCUCUGUGCGCCACCUGCAGGCCUGUCUAUGAGGGUUGCCCUUCGACACAGAUAUGGUCUCGAGGGUUCUCUCUGCCGGGACAUUGCGACUUCCUGUUUCUGUGGGUGGUGCUCCUGGUGUCAGAUGCAUCGAGAGUUGAAGUAUCGCACGAAAACCACCACUGUCACUGUUGACAUGCAGCCUGCUCCGGUGAUGAUAGACCACUGA